AGCUGUGAGUUCACACUGUUUCUGCGCGAGCGCCUUCACUUUCUGCUGCUGCUCAAUCAAAAUAUCGCAUUUAUUUACCUAAAAACCUCAGCGAAAAGACGCGAGACUCCAAAAUCACCAUCGGAAUAACAUUUUUAAUCGUUUCCCAAUCUUCUCUCCUCUUUCCCAGACCGCGAAACAUGGAUAGAUGGAAAAGUUUGUGUUUUUGGUGCCUGUGAGGGAGUUUGAUACGGGCGAUGAGUCCCGUGAAGAGAUUUUACACAUCUGACUGGAAAAACACUCAUUUACUGCUCUAUUAACCACUUAUUAAACACAGCCAGUGGGGAUAUGACUAUAGAAUCUGAUGUCUGUGGCUCACACACGCAGCGAUGUUGAGCUGUGAGGGGUGUGUGUGCCUGCCAGAGCGCAGCGUCAUUGAUGGCUGGGUGUAGGGGUCCAGUGGUAUGUUAAAGGCGCAAUGGGGAGCUGCUGUAGCUGUCCCGAUAAAGAGAUCAUCCCUGACAACCAUCACAACAAAUUCAAGGUGAUAAACGUGGAUGAUGAUGGUAAUGAGCUGGGCUCAGGUGUGAUGGAGUUAACAGAGGAAGAGCUCAUUCUGCACACGCGCAAACGAGAAGCCGUCAAGUGGCCGUAUCUCUGUCUGCGCCGAUACGGCUACGACUCAAACCUCUUCUCCUUCGAGAGCGGCCGGCGCUGCCAGACUGGACAAGGGAUAUUUGCAUUCAAAUGCGCUCGGGCCGAGGAGAUCUUCAACAUGCUGCAGGACAUCAUGCACAAUAACAGCAUCAGUGUGGUGGAGGAGCCUGUGCUGGAGCCUGAGCUUCCUGUGACGCCACACACACCCACUACUGCAGGUUACUCUGUUCCGACGGUGGCCAAUGGGAUCGGCCGCUACCCAUCAUUCGAUGCCUCAUCGCGGCCGUCCAGUCGCCAUCCUUCAGUGGGCAGCACUAGACUACCAUCAGUAGGAGAAGAGUCGACACACCCGCUGCUGCUCAACGACGAAACGGUACACACAUACGUCAACACUACAGGACUGCAGGAGGAGCGGCGCUGUCGCAGCACAGGCCACACCCCUCUGGAGCCCCAGACAUCCAAUCAUGAGAGCGCAGCGCCAGCGUCGCCCAAUGAGCAGGAGCCUUGUGUGGUGCUGGAGCCUGAAAGUGUGAAGUUUGUUUUAGGCCCGACGCCUGUGCAGAGACAGAGACAGCAGCAGGAGACGGGCGAGCAGGCGACUAAUACUGAACACACUUCACACACUCCUCCUGUAAAGACUGUAAACGGCAGCGCAGGCCUUGUGGUGGACUGUGACACCGGCUACGACAGCGACGAGCGCAAAGAGACAUCAUAUGAGCAUCAUAAUGGCAUUUCAACAGGAGCCAGACGCAUCAGACCCCCCGUCCCGCUGCCAGACGCAUACAAUGCUAACAACUCAGCCCAGCGGCGAACAGCGCUGCUAAACUAUGAGAAUCUGCCUGCAUUACCGCCUGUCUGGGAGAUGCGCAAACCGGAUGAGGACGAACUCAAAUCUCCAUCGCUGAACGGAUUUCAUUCACUCGACCCACAGCAUAAUUACGUCAAUACUGAGAAUGUGACGGUGCCGCUUAGUGCACAUAAACACAACUCUCAGCCGAGUGUUUUUAACUUUGACCUGCGGCGGCUUGGAGUUGGUGACCCGCUCCGCCAGCUGAACUACAUUGAGGUGGAAAUGGACAAAGUGUCGGAUUCUAGUGGCCCUCAUACGCCUAAAACACCCACUACACCUCUGCCGGCCACCCCUACAAGGAGAACUGAGCUGUAUGCUGUUAUUGAUAUUGAACGUACUGCUGCCAUGUCCAGCCUGCAGAAAGCACAGCCACGGGAUGAUGGGACGUCCAGAAAAACACGACACAACAGCACUGACCUGCCCAUGUGACCCGCACUGACGCCGAUGUACAGAUCAGUUCAUCUCAGCAAAAACCCUCAUAUUUCUGAUUGAGUUCACAACUUAGCUUUUGGUUUUAGUGUAGUGGAAAAUAUUUGAUAAGUAGGCAAGCGUGUUACAUUUUAAAGAGAUAGUUCACCAUAAAAAUUACAUUUACUUGCAGUUUACUCUCCCUCAAGAGGCUUUAAACCUAAUUGAGUUAAACACAAAUUAAGGUAUUUUGAAAAGUUUUACUAUGGAAGUCAAUGGUUACAGGUUUACAGCAUUUUUCUAAAUAUCUUCGUUUGUGUUCAACGCAAGAGAGAAACUUUGCUGGAACAAAAGGGAGAGUAAAUGAUGACAGUUUGCAUUUUUGAGUGAACUAUACCUUUAGGAUCAUCAUUUCUCAUUUAUAUUAUGAUUUGGGAUAUUCAGGGUUUCUGCAGGUUGUAGAAAAGUCUUAAAAACUUUCCCUUCUUCAGUUUCAGAAAGGUCUUAAAGCAGGGUGGGCAAACUCGAUCCUGGAGGGCCGGUGUCCCUGCAUAGUUUUGCACCAACCCUAAUCAAACACACCUGCUUGUAGCUUUCUAGUGACCUUGAAGACACUAAUUAGGGUGUUCAGGUGUGUUUGAUUAGUGUUGGAGCAAAAGUCUGCAGGGACACCGGCCCUCGAGGAUCGAGUUUGCCCAUGCCUGUCUUAAAGGGAUAGUUCACUCAAAAAUGAAAACUUACUGACUAUUUACUCUCCUUCAUGUGGUUUUACACCUUUGAUUUAUAACCAGGCUUAACUUAUUUGUUGCAAAAUGGUAAAUAAAGUAGUUUUCUUAGAAACUAAACAAUUUAAGUGGGUUUAUGUCUAAAACAAGGACAAUUGUCUGUUAGCCAGGUUUCCAAACCUUUCUGUUUGAAUUCAUUCAAUGUACUUGUUUUAAUCAUAAACUUGCACUGGUAUCUGAUUAAGUUAUUCACUAAACACUGUGAAACAUCUGUAAAUGAAACAUUUUCUGUAUUUUGUGAUGCAUGUUUUUUCUGUUAUUCAUGCUUUUAAUUUGCAAUUUAGGACUUAGAUUUUUCCUCCAACAUCUUUUAAUGAUAUAUAUAUAUGUUGGUGUUGAAAAAAUAAAUUCUUAUACAAUAGCAUUUAUCUAGUUAUUUCAAACUACUAAAAUGUCAGUAAAAGUCACUUUGUUAAACUGUAGAGUUGAAUUUUCAACAUCAAAAGUCAACAGAACAGAGAUCAACAUCCCAUAAUGCAAUUCACAAUUGUAAAUAAACACUUCAUAAUCACAAAAUACAGAAACUGUUCAUGAACAGAUGUUUUUACAGUGUAUGUAUUUAAAACAAAUCUUAACUUUGUCAUCAUAAACCUGCAGAAACUCUAAUAUUUUCAAGAUAUUAAAGUUGCUUCAAAAUCAGAUGCCUAGAAAAUAUGGAAUGGUGUUUUCUGGAAUGCCGAUUCCAAUAAUGUUCUAGAACAUUCUUCCAGAAUGCUGAUUCCAAUAUCAAAGUGUUCCUGAAUGCCGAUUCCAAUAAUGUUCUAGAACAUUCUUUCUGAAUGCCGAUUCCAUUAAUGUUCUAGAACAUUCUUCCGGAAUGCUGAUUCCAAUAUCAAAGUGUUCCUAAAUGCAGAUUCCAAUAAUGUUCUAGAACAUUCUUCCGGAAUGCUGAUUCCAAUAUCAAAGUGUUCCUGAAUGCCGAUUCCAAUAAUGUUCUAGAACAUUCUUCCGGAAUGCUGAUUCCAAUAUCAAAGUGUUCCUGAAUGCCGAUUCCAAUAAUGUUCUAGAACAUUCUUCCGGAACGCUGAUUCCAAUAUCAAAGUGUUCCUGAAUGCCGAUUCCAAUAAUGUUCUAGAACAUUCUUCCUGAAUGCCGAUUCCAAUAAUGUUCUAGAACAUUCUUCCGGAACGCUGAUUCCAAUAUCAAAGUGUUCCUGAAUGCCGAUUCCAAUAAUGUUCUAGAACAUUCUUCCUGAAUGCCGAUUCCAAUAAUGUUCUAGAACAUUCUUCCGGAAUGCUGAUUUCAAUAUCAAAGUGUUCCUGAAUGCCGAUUCCAAUAAUGUUCUAGAACAUUCUUCCUGAAUGCCGAUUCUAAUAAUGUUCUAGAACAUUCUUCCGGAAUGCUGAUUCCAAUAUCAAAAUGUUCCUGAAUGCCGAUUCCAAUAAUGUUCUAGAACAUUCUUCCUGAAUGCCGAUUCUAAUAAUGUUCUAGAACAUUCUUCCUAAAUGCCGAUUCUAUUAAUGUUCUAGAACAAUCUUCCUGAAUGCCGAUUCCAAUAAUGUUUUAGAACAUUCUUCCGGAAUGCUGAUUCCAAUAUCAAAGUGUUCCUAAAAGCCGAUUCCAAAAAUGUUUUAGAACAGUAUUCCGGAAUGCCAAUAACAGAGUUUUCUGGAAUGCCGAUUCCAGUAAUGUUCUAGAACAGUUUUCCGGAAUGCAGAUUCUAAUAAAAGUUUUCCAGAAUGCUGAUUCUGGGGUUUUCAGAAGGCUGAUUUCAAUAAUAUUCUAGAUCAUUCUUGGAAUUUGCAUUCUUGAAAACUCUUCCAUAUUCUUAGGUAUCUGAUUUUGAAUCAACUUAAAUAUUAAUGAUAAGGUCUGGUUUGAUCUUAUGCUAGAUAAUGUUCACAAUGCAGAAGAUCUUCCUACAGUGCUCAGCAUAAAUGAGUACACCCCCUUUUGAAAGGCUUUUCUCAGUGAAUAUGGACAAUAAUUGUUGCUGCAUUUAAACAAAACAGUUUAGGGUUUGGGCUUCUACUUUACAAGUAGAAAGAAAAUACAUUUAAAUUCAUAAGUUAUUGCAAAAAAAAUUUCAUUUAAAUUUUAUAUCUUUUUGACGUUUCUUUAGAUUUUUCCAGUUUAUUACAUGUGUAUUUAAGAUUUCCCCUCAGCAUAUUAAUUUAGGCACUCUAGUUUUUGCACUGUGUUCUUUUUGUUAGAUUUUUGUUAGAUGAUUUGCUUUAGUUUUGUCUUUGGUAUAUUAUAUAUUAUUGUAAAGCAUCCUGUAGGAAAUCUGAAUAUAAAAGAGAGAUCUGUGAGGGUGAACUCAUUUAUGCUGAGCACUGUAAUAUGCAUUGAAAAAUGAGUUUAGUUUUCUGGUUACAGACAUAAUCUUGGGUUUGUGUUGAAAUAUGAGCGGCUUAAUGAGAUGAACUGUAAGCAUGUAUAUAUUCAGUUUAGUAACGUGGGUCUCAAUCAGGUCCAGUUGUAGAAACACUACAGCGCUCAGCCAGACCUCAUUCACCAAUGCUGUGAUGUUUGACUCUCCUCUUCACUAAUACACAAGUGUUGUGUGCUCCUUUGUCAAUGUAAGUCACUCAUUUUGCACUUGAGAGCAAUAACAGAUGCUCACUACGGUAUUCACACGCUUCACUUCGGUCACUUUAGCCUCAGACAUCUCAGAUCUCAACAAUCCCUCAAGUGUUUGAUGCUGCACUGUAAAAAAUAUGUUCAUUCACAGUUGAAAAUAGUGUUUACUGUUUAUUUGCGGUUGUGAAUUGCAUUAUGGGAUGUUGAUCUCUGCUCUGUCAGCUUUUUAUGUUGAAAAUUCAACUCUGCAGUUUAACAAAGUGACUUUUACUGACAUUUUAGUAGUUUGAAGUAAUAUAAUGUAUAAGAAAUAAUAGAGAAAUAAGUCUGUAAAAUAACAGAGAAUGUAUGUUAAGGUGUUUGUAGUGUAAUAUACAACACCAUCCCAGACAAUAGAGCACUUUAAACUAUUAAAUAUGUUCAUACAAGUCACUUUUACAGAUUUUUCAAGGUUAAAAGUUGUUGGACGAAAGAUCAAGCUCCCAUAAUGCAGUUUAAAACAGAAAUAAAUAAUACAAAAAUAAAAACACCAAACACAAAAUGUGGAAAUCGGCCAAUUCGUGGACAUUGUUUACAGUGUACAUGUACUUUAAUGCAGUUUCAGCUGUAGAUUCACUACAGUUGAAGAUUAUUGUCAUGUUUCUUUAGCUACACUGUAACAAAAAAGUUGACUCAACUUAAAAUCUUGAGGCAACUUGCUUUGUUGAGUUGACUCAUCUUUUAACCCAAGCACUGCACUUGACUCUAUUUAAGUUGAGUCAACUCAAAAAGCUCUGCAGCAACUUGCAAUUUUAAGUUGUCAGCUUUUUUUUUUUUACAGUGAUAUCGAUAAUGGACAAUAUUGACUCCACACACUCAUUAUUGGACAAUAUAAGCAGCAGAUCAACUCAGAGCUCAUUUGUUUCCCUCAAAACUUAAACAGAUCUCAUACAUGCAUGCAUAAACUAAAAACAUACACAAUUCAUUCAUUCAUUUUCCUUCGGUUUAGUUUCUAUUUUAGAGGUCGCCACAGCAGAAUGAACCACUAACUAAUCCGGCAUAUGUUUUAGGCAGCGGAAACUCACAUACACACUCACAUUCACUCAUACACUAUGGCCAAUUUAGUAUUCAGUUCAUCUAUAGCACGUGUGUUAUCCUCAUCACCCAGAGGAAACCCACGCCAACACGGGGAGAGCAUGCAAACUCUACACAGAAACCCCAACUGACACAGCCGGGACUUGAACCAGCGACCUCCUGGCUGUGAAGCCAUAGUGCUUAUCCACCGUGCCACCCCAACAUGCAAGAUAUUUAUUAAUAAAUUUAAUUAGGCUCUAAACAUCGCUGCUGGACAAUAUUUGAAGAAAAUAAAUGCUCUUUUCCAGUUCACUUGUAUUUCUCCACUUUAAAAUCCAUAAGUAUUUCAAUAAUAUUUUCUCAAGAUAGCUGAAAUAUUAUACAUUUUUUGUUUACUGGCAAUUUAAAAAAGCAGAUUAAAUCAGGGAUUAAUUU